GCGCUCGGCCAGCCCUGCAGGGCGAGCAGUCUGGCCCCUGGUUCACCCGAGCUUAAGCCUUGCAGCAGGAGAACUUCCACCUCGCUCUCCUGGCUUUGAGCCUCACUGUACAUCAGACCAGAGGCGCGGAAGGGAGGGAGGAUGCGAGAUGACCGGCCCUUUGGCAACCUGACCAUCUCCUUACCAGAGCCUUUGAAAGCCAGCCGGAGGCUGACUGCACGACCAAGGAGGCGCCGCGCCUCUCGUGGAUGGGUGUGUGUGUGUGUGAGUGUGUGUGAGCGAGUGUGAGGGUGUGUGUGUGCAUCACAACUGUGUGUGUGUCUGGAUGAGUGUGCGAGUGCACGCGUGAGUGUGUGUAUGUGUGUGUGUGUGUGUGUGAGUACUCUCAGUUAUUAUUUUUUUGGAAGAAAAAUCUUGAAAAUCUCGGGCAGGUUACUGUGCUCCUAGGGUGGUGGUUCUUCUGCAAGAGGAGCUGAUCAGACCAAGCUACUAGAGACAUUUUUCAGCGAGUAAAGAGAAUUUUCCUCUGAGAACGAGAGGGAUUUUUCCCCUGGCUCUGCAGCCCUGAAAGAGAUUAGCCCCUACACCUGUGAAAUCGACCAGAGCCGUGUGACUACCAGGGCUGGAGAGAGGACUCGGGAAGAAAAGGAGCAAUAAAUCCAACAGCCUGUCAGUGCCUUUGGCCACGUUGGAAGAUGUCAUCUCAAACUAAGUUCAAGAAAGACAAAGAGAUCAUUGCCGAAUAUGAAGCCCAAAUAAAAGAGAUCCGCACGCAGCUGGUAGAGCAGUUCAAAUGCUUGGAGCAGCAGUCCGAGUCAAGGCUGCAGCUGCUCCAGGACCUCCAGGAGUUUUUCCGUCGGAAAGCCGAGAUCGAGCUCGAAUACUCCCGCAGCCUGGAAAAGCUGGCCGAGCGCUUCUCCUCCAAGAUCCGCAGCUCCCGGGAGCACCAGUUCAAGAAGGACCAGUAUCUCCUCUCGCCUGUGAACUGUUGGUAUCUAGUCCUGCAUCAGACCAGGCGGGAGAGCCGAGACCAUGCCACCCUCAAUGACAUCUUCAUGAACAAUGUCAUCGUCCGCCUCUCCCAGAUCAGCGAGGAUGUGAUCAGACUCUUCAAAAAGAGCAAGGAGAUUGGCCUGCAGAUGCACGAGGAGCUGCUGAAGGUCACCAACGAGCUCUACACGGUCAUGAAAACCUACCACAUGUACCACGCAGAGAGCAUCAGUGCGGAGAGCAAGCUGAAGGAGGCCGAGAAGCAGGAAGAGAAGCAGUUCAACAAGUCAGGAGACCUCAGCAUGAACCUGCUCCGGCACGAGGACCGGCCCCAGCGCCGCAGCUCCGUGAAGAAGAUUGAGAAGAUGAAGGAGAAGAGGCAGGCAAAGUAUUCCGAGAACAAGCUGAAAUGCACCAAGGCCCGGAAUGACUACUUGCUGAAUCUGGCAGCCACCAACGCAGCUAUAAGCAAAUACUACAUCCAUGACGUCUCUGACCUGAUUGACUGCUGUGAUUUGGGCUUUCACGCCAGCCUGGCCCGCACCUUCCGGACCUACCUCUCAGCCGAGUACAACCUAGAGACCUCUCGCCACGAGGGGCUGGACGUCAUUGAGAACGCAGUGGACAACCUGGACUCCCGAAGCGACAAGCACACGGUCAUGGACAUGUGCAACCAGGUCUUCUGUCCCCCCCUCAAGUUUGAGUUCCAGCCUCACAUGGGGGAUGAGGUGUGCCAGGUCAGCGCCCAGCAGCCUGUCCAGACGGAAUUGCUCAUGCGGUACCACCAGCUGCAGUCCAGACUGGCCACGCUCAAGAUAGAGAACGAGGAGGUUAGAAAAACCCUGGAUGCUACGAUGCAGACCUUACAGGACAUGCUGACCGUGGAAGACUUCGACGUCUCUGACGCCUUCCAACACAGUCGGUCCACAGAGUCCGUGAAGUCGGCCGCCUCUGAGACCUACAUGAGCAAGAUCAACAUCGCCAAAAGGAGAGCCAACCAGCAGGAAACAGAAAUGUUUUAUUUUACAAAAUUUAAAGAAUAUGUGAAUGGCAGUAACCUCAUCACUAAGCUGCAGGCCAAGCACGACUUACUCAAGCAGACUCUGGGCGAAGGGGAGAGAGCAGAAUGCGGCACAACCAGCAGAAGAGAUGGAAGGCUUAGGCUGCCCCACUUUCCUUGGCUGAGCUGCCCCCCCGCUCCCCACUUUGUGCCCCACCCAGCACUUCAAGGAAGAAGAAAUGCUCGAACCAGGAACCAGGAUUCAGGACAAGCGAUCCCGCUUGUCGUCGAGAGCUGCAUCCGAUACAUCAAUUUGUACGGACUCCAGCAGCAAGGGAUCUUCAGAGUGCCAGGAUCUCAGGUUGAAGUCAAUGACAUCAAAAAUUCCUUCGAGAGAGGUGAAGACCCCCUCGUGGAUGAUCAAAAUGAACGAGAUAUCAAUUCAGUUGCUGGUGUUCUCAAACUGUAUUUCCGAGGACUGGAAAACCCACUCUUUCCUAAGGAAAGGUUUCAAGAUUUGAUAUCUACUAUUAAACUGGAGAACCCAGCUGAGAGGGUGCACCAGAUCCAACAAAUCCUCAUCACCCUUCCCCGCGUGGUCAUCGUGGUCAUGAGAUACCUCUUCGCUUUCCUUAACCACCUCUCGCAGUAUAGCGACGAGAACAUGAUGGAUCCCUACAACCUGGCCAUCUGCUUCGGGCCCACCCUCAUGCACAUCCCCGAUGGGCAAGACCCUGUGUCCUGCCAGGCACACGUCAACGAAGUCAUCAAAACCAUCAUCAUCCAUCAUGAAGCCAUCUUCCCCAGCCCCCGGGAGCUAGAGGGACCCGUGUAUGAAAAGUGUAUGGCUGGAGGGGAAGAAUAUUGUGACAGCCCACACAGCGAGCCAGGGACCAUUGAUGAGGUUGACCACGACAAUGGCACUGAGCCUCACACCAGUGAUGAAGAAGUGGAGCAGAUUGAGGCCAUCGCCAAGUUUGACUACGUGGGGCGGUCCCCACGUGAGCUGUCCUUCAAGAAGGGGGCCUCACUGCUACUGUACCAUCGUGCCUCAGAGGACUGGUGGGAGGGUCGUCACAAUGGCGUGGACGGACUCAUCCCACAUCAGUACAUAGUCGUACAGGACAUGGAUGAUGCCUUCUCCGACAGCCUGAGCCAAAAGGCUGACAGCGAGGCCAGCAGUGGGCCACUGCUGGAUGACAAGGCCUCCUCCAAGAACGACCUUCAGUCGCCCACGGAGCACAUCUCGGAUUAUGGCUUUGGUGGGGUGAUGGGCCGAGUGCGGUUACGAUCAGACGGAGCGGCCAUCCCCAGGCGCCGAAGCGGGGGUGACACACACAGCCCGCCCCGGGGCCUGGGCCCCAGCAUAGACACGCCACCCCGGGCUGCUGCCUGCCCCAGCAGCCCCCACAAAAUCCCCCUCACCCGGGGGAGGAUCGAGAGCCCCGAGAAGCGGAGAAUGGCGACGUUCGGGAGUGCUGGCAGCAUCAACUACCCUGACAAGAAGGCGCUCUCUGAAGGGCACUCCGUGAGGUCAACGUGCGGCUCCACCAGGCACAGCAGCCUGGGGGACCACAAGUCCCUGGAGGCCGAGGCCCUGGCAGAAGACAUCGAGAAGACCAUGAGCACGGCUCUGCACGAGUUGCGGGAACUGGAGAGGCAGAACACGGUCAAGCAGGCACCAGACGUGGUGCUGGACACCCUGGAGCCCCUGAAGAACCCUCCAGGCCCCAUCAGCUCGGAGCCCGCCAGCCCCCUGCACACCAUCGUCAUCCGCGACCCCGACGCCGCCAUGCGCCGCAGCAGCAGCUCCUCCACUGAGAUGAUGACCACCUUCAAGCCAGCCCUGUCCGCUCGCCUGGCCGGCGCCCAGCUGCGCCCGCCCCCCAUGCGGCCAGUGCGGCCCGUGGUCCAGCACCGGUCCAGCAGCAGCAGCAGCUCGGGCGUGGGCAGCCCGGCGGUGACGCCCACCGAGAAGAUGUUCCCCAACAGCUCAGCCGAUAAGUCAGGCACCAUGUGACCGGCGGGGCGGGGCGGGGCGGGGUGGGGGCGGCACCGCCCUGGCCCGCUGUGGCCCGCCCCGGCCGAGGGUGGCCUCUGUGACUUCCGCGGCCUCCCAGGGCUCCUGGCCUCGUCGGGCAGGGACCAGAAGGUCAGCCUGGGAGCGGGUCUGUGCGGAGCGGAGGUUCGGCCGCAGCUGCAGCUCCCGUCCAGUCGGGUGAAGCCGCGGGUGCGCGCGGGUGACCGGAGCAGCGCGGAGCCGGCGCCCCGAGAUCGUCACCAGGUGUUAAAUGGCUUCGCCUGCAUAUCAUCACUGGAAAAUUAUUCUCUCGACGUUGUCUCUGCAUACAUAAAUAUGCGUAUGUGUGUGUGCAUAUGUACGCGUAUAUAUGUAUGGCUGUGUCUGUAGGUGUGUGUAUAUAUAUAUAUUUAUGCAUCUAUAUACUAGAUCUGGACACACGUACUAAAUGUAUAUAGGAUCUCCUUUUUCUUUUUAUGAAACUUAGAUUUACCUCAGACCCAUGCCACCAAACAUCUCCCGCUGAGUUAUUUGGUGGGAUUUGCAGGGACUUUUCUGGGAGAAUUUAAAGGCCCACAGUAACUGCGAAAGAAGCAAUAUAACACUAACCUGCAGAAAAAACAAAACCAGUCUCCCACUGUCUCCAGAAGCCGUGGCCUUCCAGAACAGGCUGCCCCUAAAGGAAGGGUGGGGCAGGCGGUACCCCAGGCAGGCUGCUCCCAGAGGCGGAGAACCCUCCACAGAACCCACUCCCCGCCCACCCCAGAGGCCCUGCCUUUCCACCCAGAGGCCAAGGCCAACAGCACCCCCACAGCAUGGAGGACGCUGGGGAGAAGAGCCCGGACUGCAGUGUCCUGUGUUCGUCUGCAGAAGAGGGGGUGGUGAGAGCUGAGCCCCGUCGUAGCACAGUGUUGUGUUGGUUGGGAAAAAGGGAAGAAAACCAAACACAGUGGCGUGGAACACUUCAAAACCCAGAAACGCUGUAGGAAUAAAUCUGUGGUAACUAUAGAGGUUUAACUUAUACCAUUUUUGAAAUAUUUAAUUUUUCCUUUUCCUCUUUCUACUAAUUAUACUGUGUCCGAUUUGGAACUAAACAGGCAAGGAGGCUUCGAGUCCCAUCAUUUUACUUUGAAAUCAGGCUGUGACGCACUCUGGCUGGUGGCCUCUUGCAUGAAACCCACGGGCCCUGAGUGCCCAGCUCAGACUAGGCCGAGGAGGCAGUCUUUGGCCCUUUCUGUCCUAGAGAACGCUUCCCUCUCCCCCUUUCCUUCACUUCUCCCCCCCUCCUCCCGAGCAUUUGACCCCGUGGAAAAUAUGAGGGUAGAAUUGGAGGUGGGGUGAUCUUCAAGUAGCAGGAGCAGGGCUUUGGCCACUUGGCUGGGAAAAGGCCUCCUGGGUCACUCUUGGGCCAUUCCAUUUUGCUUCCUCUUUUGAUGUCUUUGUUUCCCAGAGAUGGGUUGUCUCUGAAUAAUGGAACACAGGCUAAUAGGGUCCUAACGGGACCCACGGAGCCAAGGGUAACCUCACUGUGCUCCAGCCUCCUCUCUCCCUCCCUUGAGACCUCUGAGAGUGUCUUCAUGGCCAUGGUUUGAGUCCCACCUCUUAGGAGCUGUGGGACUGGGUGUCACUCAGCCCCUCGAGGCUCCGUUUCCUGCUCUGUAAAAGGAAGAGAGUAAAGACGCAACGUUAGUGAACAAGCUGUGUGAACGAGGAAGCCCUGCGCCAACACAGUUGCUCUUUUCACUGUCAUCAGGAAGGUGAAACCUGUCCAGCACCUUCCUUUUGAAACCUCCUAAUGACAUUGAAGACAUGGGCAGGAGAAUUUGCCUACCAGCUUCGUAAGAGCCAUGAAGCACAGCCCUGCAGGUACAUCGCCUAUGGAUGCUGGACAUUCCAUCACUACCCUUUCAGCCCAUUGGAUUCAGUUUCGCCCUCUCCUCUGGUCUCCUCCGGACAAGGGUAAAAUGUGCUCCAGAGGGAGGCACUGUUAAGCCACAGUCCCUGGGUGUUAGGGGUGGUGAGCCAUGCUGCCUUCCCCGAAGUACUGGCGUUGCGAACACCCAGAGGAGGGAAGAAUGCCGGGGAGAGGCCAGUGACUAACUUGACCUUCCUUGUUUUGCCUAGAACUCCUGGAAGAGCCUCAGAACCAGCUAGGAGCCCUCUGCCUUCUGCACAUAAAGAUACCCCCAUUUUACAGCUUAGGAGAGAAAGUGAGGCCUUGGGCUGGCUGUGACUCACCCCAAAUUUAGUAGACGAAUGAGGUGGGGGCGGGGUCCUUCUGGCUCCUAAAGUCAUUUAUUUGUAAGGAUGCGCUGAAGUCCAGCCAGGAUACAGGAUUUUCUCAUUUCUGCCCCUUAAAUGCAGUAACCUCCUGUGCCCAAUGUCGCAGUCUCUGCUGUGACUACCAGAUGAAAAGCAAAAAUCUGAGCUGACAAAUCUGUUGCCUGAUGUACAUAACACCAGUCAGACCAUGUGGGUUUUCCUGUGAAUUGACUAGCUUCAUUUUUCCUUACUGAAAAUGGACCUACCUUUUACUGAAUUACAGGAAGGCAGAGCCUCAGCUGUUUUCUUUAAACACCUAUUUUUCCAUUGGGAAACGGCUGAUGAGUUCACAUUUAGGGACACUCACACCCUACUCAUCCAGCCCCAAAUCUGAGCCCUGACGCAGAACCAAAUGGAAAAAUCCUCCCCUCCCCGGCCAUCUGUCACCCUGCAUGUCUCAGGCCCCCUCCACACGCACCCAGGCCCACCCACGGUCACGAGCAUUGGCAUUCUUCUCCUGACUCCUGCCUGUGUUAGUCCACUAUAUAUUGCUGUAUUUGCUUAAAUGCUGGAAAGUAACUGUUAAAAUGUGAAACUGUAAUUUUUUUCAAAGGCUACAGUUAAAUUAUAGCCAAUGCCACUCACCAAAUCUUUGCACCUAGUAGAUAGAUCAAUGUAAAAAACAAAUACCAGAAACCUAACUGUACAGUGAGUGUGGGGGAAUGUAGUAACCUAGUUAGUAGUUCUCAAUAUAACCAAUUGUACGAGGGGAAGUGGUGUUUACCUCCUUGUCCAUCACCAUUACCGAAAGCUGUUCUGCUCAGUUUGUUGAUAACGGGCAAUUUUUUUGUUUUGUUUUUGUUUGGGUUUUGUUUUGUUUUGUUUUUGUUUUUGUUUUAAUUUUUGCUUCACAGAAUGAUUUCUUAACCUUCGACUUACCCUGAGGUCAAGCCUUUUGUCUUUAUGUGUAACUGGUGUUCAGUCUAUUUUAGGAAUGAACCAGCAAGACGUUCAUUUAAAACUGACCAAAGACAAUUCAUUCCUGGUCUAGUUUCCUGGGCCUGGGGCCCAGCCGCCAGCCUCGAAGGACCUUUCUCAGACGUGACUGAGAGCGAGUCGCGCUUCCUACCCCACUCUCCCCCUCUCCCUUUAGUCCCCUUUCCUCUUCAAGAGCUGCUCUGAGCUGUGGGAUUCUAUGAAAAACUCUUGCCUUUCCUUGUUUUCAGUGCUAACGAUUUCUCACCUUGAAGCGCCUUGUGAACCCCGGACAGAGCGCACGACUGGCAGGAGCUGUCGGCUUGGACACUGGACUUGGGGUCUUUUCUCUGAGGUCGCCAGGCCGAGAGGCAGGAGAGAAAUGGAUUCCCAAGGGUCAGAAGGUUCCUAGUCAGUGAAGAAACCCAAGUGGGAAGAGAUGCAGGAAAGCGGAGACAUCCCCCGGCUACCGGCCGGAACCAGCAGCUCAGCGACCUGCAUUAUAGACACUUCAGAACUGGUUUGCGGUACCCAAAGGGGAGCCAGUGCGGGGACGGGCCUUGCGUGGGGCUGGCCUCUCUGAUGGAGUCCCUUGGAGUGCCUUGUCGGGUGUGUGUCUUCUCAUCAGGUGGCACGGAUGCAGAGGACUUCCUGGGACCUGGUCAUUACUUGGCGUUCAGCGCCCGCGCGCGGCUGACGGAAAACCACCCGGACUUGUGUGAUGGUUCUUCCUCUCGGUCUCUCUUCUCCUAAUUUUUCACGCAUUCUGAUGGUUCCACACGAGAGCAAAUGCCUCAUCCUCCUGAGAAACCCAGAGGGAAGAAUGGCUGGCUCACAACCGUGGCGGGGGCCCUGCUGGGCUGGGCAGGGUGGUCAGGGAGGACAUGGCAGGAGGAGUGACCUGAGUGACCUGUUGCUAAGAUGAUUUUCUGCUGUGCAGAGCUAAUGCUGAUGUCUCGUGUCAACUUCCCCGGGUUUCUGGGGUCUCGGCACCACUGAGCAGCCGCAUAGAGAAUUCCCCACAUACCCAGAGCUGCUAGGGACGCGGAGGGAAGGGACCUGGCUGUCAGGUCAGAGUCCUCCUGGCCUCUCUGAGGUAGAUCUGCCAGUGUCCCCCGUCCCUUCCUCUGGGACAGGCCGAAUGGCCAGCGCUGCCCCUUGCUGACACCUCCUUUCUGUGUGAACUGUCCCAGGCAAACAACAACCUUGAACCAGAGCAGCCAGAGUGCACUUUGCUUUCCUCGGACGGAAGUAGAUUCUAGCCAGAGUUUCUGCCCAGGCUCUAGUCCCGGCAGUGUGACUGUUUACAUGGUUUGGCAAUAGGUUUGGUUCUGAUUGCUUCAGAGUGGCUGGUCUAUUUUGUUUCCUUUGGUUUCCUUCCUCCCCAAACUAUCAGGAAAAAAAGACCGAAACCACCCUAGGAAAUUGCUGGUUGCCUGUUCCCAAGUGAUGACAUGUUGCCCUCACCCGGAUAGCGUUUCUCUUACAACCCAGCGCCCGUCCUCUAGCGUGUCUGCCUGGAUCCUCUGUCGCGUAUUCUGAUGGUGCCUGCUGGUUUGAUGUGGAGCUAUCCUGUGAAAUAAAACAGCUUAACUUUUCUCAAA